GGUUUGCACUUUGCUCUGGUGGGCUCUUUAAAUGAGAUAUGUGCCAGCUCUGCCCUCACCAGUUCUGAAUAGGGUUCUCCAUUCUCAAACACGCAGGCGGAUGUUGGCAGGGAUGAGAUGCAGGCGCCUGACCUGGAGACGGAGGAUGCGUGGCUCGCGGUCGAAGGGCCCAUCUCCAUCGUGGAACUGGCCCUGGAGCAGAAGCCCAUCCACUACCCGCUGGUGGAGCACCACUCCGUCCUGUGCUCCAUCCUGUACGCGGUCAUGCGGUUCUCUCUCAGGGCCGUGAAGCCACUGUCGCUUUUCGACAGUAAGGGGAAAAAUGCAUUUUUCAAAGACCUAACUUCAAUUCAGUUACUACCCAGUGGAGAAAUGGAUCCAAAUUUCAUUUCUAUACGACAACAGGUAAAUUAGUUACUGGGCUUUGUUUUUGUUUCUUGGGGAAAAGGUAGUAAA